AUGACUUCAAACGAAUCGUCUGUAGCGGUCGAGUACAUUGACUGCCGAAAUUAUGUACCACCCCUCACAUUUUACUACAAAGCAUACGCGCUACCCCUAAGCAUAUCACUGGCCGUUGCGUGCCUCAUCUGGCUAUGGGUUACAAUUGUGUUUGUGCGAGUGAUCCGACUCAUCAGAAAGCACACCGAAAAAAAUCAAGUAAUGGCGCUAAUAAUUGCCAAUACAGUCUACUUCGUUUUGGUCACGUUUAACGUAUUGGCGCUUCUGCUGCCGUCGGUGGCCGUUAUUUGCGAUAUCGUGCCUUUCGUCGUGUUCUGUUGGUGUAUUUUGGUGUUUUUCCGAUACCUAAAGCUAGAGGUUGGCGGAGAUACCGUCAUUAUGGGGCUAUACGAAACGAAAGAGAUAAUCCCACCGACGGUGUGUCCUUGCUUUAGGUUCAUCUAUAAUAAAAAACGACAGCUUACAGCGAUCCGCUUUGGUAUAAUGCAGCUUCCGGUCUGGUGCAGUGUGGUAUCCUCCAUUCAGCUCCUCAUUUUCACCUUCAAUAAAGACUUAUUUUUCGACGUGUUCUACAUCAUUCUACCGUUCAUCAUCUUGUCGAUCGUGUUCUACGUUGGAGCCUCGGCUUCGUUCAUCAAAACGGUUGGCCCUCUCUUCCCAGGCAAUCCAAUUUUUAAACGCUUCUUUCUGCUACAACUGGUUCUCAUCAUAACCAAACCGCAGGUCAUCAUUCUGGAGAUUAUCUACAAUUUGAUUACCUUCGAGUGUACGGAAGCCGGCGAGCCGAAGGUGUACAUGAACAUGGCUAAGCAACUACUUAUCCUUGUUGAAAUCGCGAUCGUGACUGUCUUUUCGUACAAAUUUUACACCACCGAGCAACCGACACGCGAGGAAAAGGUUGGAACCAAAAAUCCUGCGUUCGAGAUGUAAACGGGUUUAUUGAGUCGCUAUGCUUAAAUCGCCCUAGUAUUUAUAUCCUUUUUCUGAUUGUUAAUUCAUAUCAAUUAGAAAAAAAAUUAGCAAUAGUGCAAUGCAUUGCAAUGAUCAGAGUUCCAUUGUGAGAAGCGUAUUUAAGGU